AAAAGAGAUGAUGGCAUGACAGAAACAUCUCAGUGCCGGAAUAAGACAUUCUCCCAUUGUUCUUCUUCUUGUACAUACAAUAACAAGAAGAAGAACACAAUUUAGGGAAAAAAAGAAAAAAAAAUCCUAAGGAAAUUAAAGAGGUGAGAGCCAGGUAGUCAUGGGUCGCGCUUCGUUCGUGGUGGCUGUUGCUUUGUUAUCGUGCCUUUGGGUUGGUCCGGCGGUGGUUCAGGCCGAGGAUCCCUACCUGUUCUUCGAAUGGCAUAUUACCUACGGCACAAUCUCCCCCUUGGGCGUCCCCCAGCAAGGCAUCCUCAUCAACGGCCAAUUCCCCGGUCCUAGGAUUAACUGCACCUCCAACAACAACAUCGUCGUCAACGUGUUCAACGAGCUCGACGAGCCAUUCCUCCUGACCUGGUACGGCAUUCAACAAAGGAAGAACUCUUGGCAAGACGGUACCCCCGGAACCAUGUGCCCAAUCCUGCCGGGUGCCAACUUCACCUACCAUUUCCAGGUCAAGGAUCAGAUCGGGAGCUACUACUACUUCCCCACCACCGCCCUUCACAGGGCUGCUGGUGGGUUCGGUCCCCUGCAGGUCAUGAGCCGUGAUCUCAUCCCUGUCCCCUUUGAUACCCCCGCCGACGACUACAGUUUGGUUGUCGGCGAUUGGUUCGCCAGGGGACACAAAUCUCUCAAGAAGCUCUUGGACAGCGGGCGCUCCCUCGGCAGGCCUGAUGGCGUCCACAUCAACGGCAAGUCUGGCAAGGUCGGCGUCAAUGCCGAACCCUUGUUCACCAUGGAGGCAGGCAAAACCUACAGGUACAGGGUUUGCAACGUUGGACUCAAGACCUCCGUCAACUUUAGGAUCCAGGGCCACUCCUUGAAGCUGGUGGAGAUGGAGGGUUCCCACACCGUCCAGAACCUUUACGAAUCCCUCGACGUGCACGUUGGUCAAUGCUUCUCGGCACUGGUCACCGCCAACCAAGAACCUAAGGACUACUACGCGGUUGUUUCUAGCAGGUUCAGUAGGAAGCCGAUCACUGCCGUUGGCAUCCUUCGUUAUGCCAACGGAAAGGGGCCUGCCUCUCCUGAACUCCCACCACCCCCACCGGAGACUCCCACCGGCGCCAUUGCCUGGUCCGUCAACCAGUUCCGCUCCUUCCGUUGGAAUCUCACAGCGAGCGCUGCCCGUCCCAACCCUCAAGGCUCCUACCACUACGGCCAGAUCAACAUCACCCGCACCAUCAAGCUGGUGAACUCCAAGGCUCUUGUGGACGGCAAGCUCCGUUACACCGUCAACGGUGUCUCCCACCUUGACUCCACCGCCACACCAUUGAAGCUCGCUGAGUACUUCGAAGUCCCGGGCAAAGUGUUCGCGUACAACCUCAUGCAGGAUGCACCCGAACCAUCAAACAACAAGGUCGUUGUGGCCCCAAACGUCGUCAACGGAACCUUUCGCAACUUCGUGGAGAUAAUCUUCGAGAACCCCGAGAAGACGAUUCAGACGUGGCACCUGGACGGGUACUCCUUCUUCGCAGUGGCGAUCGAGCCAGGGAAGUGGAGCCCGGAGAAGAGGAAGAACUACAACCUACUGGACGCGGUGAGCAGGCACAACAUCCACGUGUACGCCGGUUCGUGGGCGGCCAUCAUGACAACGUUGGACAACGCCGGCAUGUGGAACCUUAGGUCAGAGAUGUGGGAGAAUGCAUACUUGGGACAGCAGCUCUACCUCAGCGUCCUCUCGCCGGCACGAUCCCUUAGGGACGAAUACAACGUACCGGACAACACCCAGCUGUGUGGCAUUGUCAAGGACUUGCCCAAGCCCGCUCCUUACACCAUCUAAACAAAUCAGAACAACUUUCUCUGCUCCACAUUUCUCUGUUUCUAAGUGCAUGUUUUUUUUUUUCUUUUUGAAUACAAUUUUGGAAACUAAGGGAGGGUAGAUUGAGGUUUUUCGAGACGAGAUUUACAGUGUUCCAGAUUGUAUAUGGACAUGCAAUCCUGAAUGAACAAAAAAGUCAGAAAGGGAGAGGAAAGAAACAUUGUAUUAGGGAGUGUGGAACAACACAGCUUGGCUGCUGAAUUAUAAUUAUAUAUAAUCGAUGUAUCGACCCUUUGUGAAUAA